AUGAACUCUAUAUUCAAUGGCUUCGGGCAUGUAUAUGCACUCCCUCCUUCUCAUUUGGCUUCAAUGGGCGCGUGCAUGGAUAAAGCUGCAGAAGAAGGAAAAAUAAAGUAUCAUUACAGGUGUCGUGAUUUAAAGCUCACUCACUUAUGCUUUGCAGACGACUUGUUGAUAUUUGUAGAUGGAUCAUUAGCCUCGGUUCAAAGGGUCCUUACCAUUUUGAAGGAUUUUGAAGCUGUCUCUGGUCUGGCUGUCAGUCUCCCUAAGACUAGUUUCUUCUCUUCCGGGCUUUCUCAACCUGAAAUUGACCAGAUCAAACUUGAAACAGGGGUUAGCCAUGGACAACUACCGAUCCGUUAUCUAGGCAUACCUCUCUGCACUAAAAAGCUUACCUUGCUCGACUGUGCUCCUCUGAUUCAGAAAGUAAAAAGUAGCUUAAAUGCCUGGUCCACGAAAUCUCUCUCAUUUGCGGGAAGGUUACAACUCCUAAACAUUGUGAUUGCUGGACUGACGAACUUCUGGUGCUCAGCUUUCCUCUUGCCAAAGAAGUGUAUUGACACAUUGAACUCUCUAACUGGUGCUUUCCUGUGGAAAGGAACUACAAAGGGUCAUCACUAG